AUGAAUCGACUGGACCAAGCUUUUGAAGAAUACACAAAAAGUGCAGCAUAUGCACCAAGUGGUAGUGAAGAAUGUGCUCUUGCUUUUGCUAAUAGAAGUGCUGUGCUUUUCAAGUGUCAAUUAAUGAACGAUUGUAUUAGUGAUAUUAAAAAUGCCCUUUGUGCUAAUUAUCCAGAUAAUCUAAAAGCAAAGUUAUAUCAUCGUAAAGUGUGCUGUUUAAAAGCAUUGAAUCCAAGAGAUCCAUCAAUAAAUAAAACUUUGGCCAAAGCACGAUCCUUGGUGAGUAAAAUGGAUCAGGACAAACAAAAGGCCAUGAUGGAUGUUCUUGAUCAUGAAACAAGAAAGUUUAAUCCAAGUGAAAAGAUCAAGUGUAAUAAUUGGAAUUUUGAGGAUACAGUGCCAGCAUUCAAUGCCAAUAAUCCAGUUAUUCCUGGAUUUUCUGAUGCCAUGGAAAUGAAACACUCGCCUCAAUAUGGAAGGCACAUGGUUGCAACCAGAGACAUUAAACCUGGUGAAUUAUUAGGGUUGCAAAAACCAUAUGCACGUGUUGUUGCAGACAACAUGAGAUACAAAUUGUGCUGGCAUUGUGGUAAACAAACAUGGUCAAGUAUACUAUGCAAUACAUGUGGUGAAGUUGUAUUUUGUUCAGCUGUGUGUCGUGAUGAGGCACACAAAAAAUAUCAUAAUAUUGAAUGUUAG